AUGAGCCCCGGUACUCACUACACUGCAUUGUUUAAUCUAAAAUCGCAAUGCAUGCUUGAUUUGGCUGGCAGGUUGGAGGUGGAGGUCGGGCAAGUCUUCCAGAUCAUCUACAAUAGUGGACUUAAUUUGUACUCACUGUACUUGAACUGUGCUGGAGGAAUACCAGGAAGUCAUUCACGCUUCCACACAGAUCUCAAGAACCUCUUCCAACAUUAUCAUUUUGAAAUACCAAAGCAGAACGCAGCUACAUUAAAGAACAUAGCACCUCCGUGUAUCAAUGAUACCGCUCAGUGGACCUGGCUCAAUCGUGCUGAUGUAAGACAGGCUCUGCACAUCCCAAGCUUUGUCCAACCUUGGGAACUCUGCAGUUCUGUGGUUGAUGAAAACUAUCAAUGCAUCUACAACACCAUGCACACUUUCUACCUGCAGCUGCUCGGUAAGGGUCUCCGAGUACUGGUCUACAAUGGGGACACAGACAUGGCCUGUAACUUCCUGGGAGAGAACUGGUUUGUGAAAUCGCUGAAUCAGCAGCAAACCCUAACCUAUCAACCAUGGAUUUACAAUGACCAGAUCGCAGGGUUCUACGAACAGUACGGGAACCUCACCUUCCUGACUGUGUUCAUGUGGUUGUGA